GUCUGAUUCAUUGUCUUCUAGGUGCUCGAAGCGUCUGGAAGUUGAGCGAAAUUUGCUUGAUCAUUCAAAAAAGCCUGUGACUGUACUUCCACAAGAAGCAUAAACCGUGCAAGAAGAGUUAAACUUGUGAAAUUUGUUGGGUUUAUAUUUGAUUGUUCAGCCCUACGCAGAUCCAUUCGAAGUACAAUCGGAGUUGAAGAAGCAAGUGUGUCCAAAAAAAAAGUUGAAGCAAAAAAGUGUCCUGUUGGUAUUAAUUCAAAUUAUAAAGCAGGUAGAAAAAUAGCAAAUUGGUAGUUUUCCGCUGACAUCCUUCUGCGGUGUUUUAUUUUGCUGGGAAAACGAAAAGUGCAUUGCGAAAAGCAAAAUGGUGUUCCCGCAGGCGUUGAAAAUAACAGUACAUCAAAAGGAUGGAAAUCCUGAAAACUUUCUCAUGAAGGUCAUGAAGAAUCAGGAGGUUUGCUACAAUUUCAUAAAUUUGAAGAACGAGGUUGUCACUCGCUACCCGGAGUUGCUGCAGUAUUCUGAUAUCAAGUUUUACUGGAUUGACGAGGAAGGAGAUGAGAUUGCCAUUGUCAACCAGGCUGAUUAUAUGGACUGCUUGGAUGGAUUGGCGGGUGCCACGGUGAUAACGCGUCGGAUUUACGUGAAAGGUGUAACCAAGGAGGGUCAGUCGAACCAAUGUGAGCCCAUGGAGGAAGCAUCUGCUUCGAAACAGGACACAUCCGCCCCGAAUGUUCUCCCCGAGGAUGUUUCCGUCCACACCAACAUUGUGUGCGAUGUGUGCGACGAUACCAUCCGAGGAUAUCGUUACAAGUGUAUGCAGUGUUACAAUUACGAUUUGUGUAUGCGCUGUGAGGCCAACUUUCGCCACAAGGAUCAUCUAAUGCUGCGUAUUCCAUCGCCGGAUGUGUAUCGGCGUACCCCGUCCCGUCUGUUCGAGAAAUUGCGCAGUAAGGUAGCUGAUAUGUCUGCUUCCAACCAAGAUGUUGACUAUGAGAACUGCAAGCGUUCCAAGCGUCAUCACCGUAGACACAGCAAGGACCGUGAAGAUUCGAAGGAUCGCCAGGAAGAGAAGGAACGCAAGGAGCGCAAGUAUCGUCGCGAGUGCUCGGCAAAGGCUUCCGAGCAAAGGCGGAGUACUGCCGGUGGUCGUCGUUGUGGAACCGGUUUUGGUCACAACUUUAACUUUUCCCACCUGAUCAACCAGGUUAUCGAUCCCGCCAAUAUUCAUUCGGCGUUCAUGUCGUCCGAUGCCGCUGCCGCUGCGGCAGCAGCCGCAGCUGAAUCGGCCCAAGAGGCAGCUUGUGCCGCAAUGAGCAAUUGCCCACUGUUUGCCGCUCAUCCGACCAGUACUGCUUCCGCUACCGCAACAGCAUCUGCAUCUGCAUCCGCAUCUGCUCCCACAGAUAGCGAAAUGAAUGCAAGUGCUGAGAGACCCGAAGAAGCUUCCGCUUCCUCGUCGUCAAAUGAGCCAAAGCCGCAAGUCAAACCGGUUUCCCCUGCUUCGGAGACUCGUCAGCUUGAUUUUUCCUGGUUGGCUCCGACACCUGAGAGCAUCCAAAGAAUCAACGAAACCUUUUCCAAACUUUUGGAUCCACUUGGAAUGAACAUUGAAAUACGCAGUAACGGUUCCACACCGAAACCAGCCCAAACUCAGACGCCAACCGAGGAGAAGAAGGAUCAAACUACAGAAACAGCCAAUACACCAACUACAAGCACCCCAAGUCAGACCACUUCGGUGGCUGGCGGAACUACCAGUAAGUCAACAGAGAUGGAUCCGAUCGUUGAGUUGGAGAAAAAAUUAGAAACCACUUUGCUUGCUGAACCGUUGAAGAAGGUUGAAAGAGCAUUAGAACAAUCGCAGGAUGCCAUGAUGAGUACCAGCGAUGAUGAUUCUUCUUCCGUAAGCAGUGUGUCCCUAUUGAGUGACAAUGAUGAAAAUGCAGCAGCUGCCGCCGAAAGUCUAGAGAAACGAUGGACUAUUGUUGACUUACUUGAUGACGACGAAGAAGUCGUCAAGGAAGUGUCUGAUCAGAUUGAAUCUGGUAUGGAAGAAGGAGGCCAAAAUGUUACUGAAGCUACUGUUUCUGCUUCAACUUCAAAAACAUCUGCAGCUCCUGCGACUCCAGCAUCAGUCCCCGAAGUUGCUUCUGCUUCUUCCGCCAAUAAUGUCGUGACACAAAUCGAUUACGAGCAACUGGGAAAAGCCUUGAAGCAACAUCUUGAAGCUGAGAAACUGGGCUCACAAACACCUGCAGCAGCAAGAGCGACAUCCCCGGCAGCUACCGCCCCGGCACCAAAGGAAAGUUCUCCACCCCGCGUCGUCCCUACAAUGGCGCAACCAUCUACAUCAUCAGUCUCACAAGCAACUAAUUCUGUUCUGGUUACACACAGUUCGAGACCUCAUGUAAAUUUCGCUGUCAAUGCCAUGGUGGCAAUGGGAUUCAGUAACGAAGGAGGAUGGCUUACCCAAUUGCUGGAGUGUGUCAAUGGCGACAUCCCCAGGGCCUUGGAUCAUUUGACUCCCCACAAGAUAAAUCAAUAGAGGCCUUGGAAGGGUUACUACACAUAUUCAAUUAUUUUAAUCACAAUAUAUGCAAAAAAAAACUUGACUAUUACCCUUGAGAAUGCAGCGAUUAGAUGAGCAAUACACACUUUUCUGUAGAUUUAUCGAUUCCCAAUAAACAAUCUGCGGCAAUGAAACGAAAAACAAACAAAACAAAAGUAAUGUGAUCGUUAUAUUAAAAACAUUGUGAAUAUAUAUUUUUUUUACAUUUUCUAAUUUGCUAUAGAUUUUAGACGAAAAAGAGUCGAUAAAAUUCAACAUUCGAGAAGAAAUACCUAAAUACGCAACAAUUGCACUCCCUUGAUUGUUUGUAGUGUUAAGUGAAUUGUACAUCCACCCCGGCUAUAUUUUAUACCCAAUAACUAUGUUUCUAUACUAAAUGGUGUUGAUUAUAAGGGUUAAACACUAA